AUGUGUCGGAAUCGGAAUAACAACAAGCAUUGUCUGAUUAUUAUUGUUGUCUGUCUCUCUCUUCUCACCGUUCCUUCUGCUUCAACUAAUUCCAGCCCAGAUGGUGUAUUUGGACCUCAGUUUCCUAGUCAGAGGAGGCUUCUUCAAGCUAAGAAACCUUGCCCUGUGAACUUUGAGAAGGAAAACUACACUAUAAUCACCAGCCAAUGCAAAGAACCCUACUUGGUUCAACUCUGUUGUUCUUCGUUCAAACAAUUUGCAUGCCCGUUUGUGGACUAUUUGGACGAAUUAUCGAACGACUGUGCUGAAAUCAUGUUCGGAUAUAUCAAUAGCCACGGCAACUACCCACCGGGCUUAUUUGCGAGUCUUUGCCGUGAAGGCAAAGAAGGCCUCCUCUGCCCCGAUCCACCACCACCACCACCACCACCACCACCACAUUCUUCACUAUCGGAGAAAGAUUAUAAUAAACGCGAAUUCUUGACUUCGACGAUUAUUAUAGCGGCUACAUUUGUGAUGUUGAUCGAUUUUAUUUGA